AUGGCAAAAGAUAUAGCAGAUAGUCUCCUCUACCUUGAUAGCGCGCGGGCAAUGUGGGUCGACCUCCAUGAUCGAUUCCAACAAAGCAACGCCCCUCGCAUUUUUCAGCUGAAACAAAUGAUGAACAACUUACCUACUUCGGUAUGUUGUUGUGGAGGAAUGAAAGACUGGAAUGAUUAUAUAGAGCAGGAAUUCGUUAUGCUCUUCUUAAUGGGACUCAACGAUUCUUACACGUCCAUAUGGAGCCAAAUCCUCAUGAUGGAAACACCUCAUUCCAUCUCGAAAGUCUUCAGUCUCGUGAUUCAGGAGGAGAGACAUCAGGUUGUCGCAAACGCCAUUGGAACAGAGGCAUUCAGCGGCGCGAUGGAAUCUGCCAAUGUUGCCCUAACACAGGGAGGAAGAAGAAGGCCCACGUGUACCCAUUGUGGGCUUCUGGGCCAUGUAGUGAACCAAUGUUAUAAACUACAUGGGUACCCGCUUGGCUAUUGGUCCAAAUCCAAAGGCACAUCUGGGUCAUCUACUACCACUAAAGCCCAACAACGUGGAUUUUCACAAACCGGAUCUUCACAAAUCGGGUCUUCACUAAAAUUCGUUGGGUUACAAUCUUCUUCUUCCCCGAAUGUCUCCUCCACUGUUGUUCCCACUGGUUUCAUCGGCGUGCCGUCUGCCACCUCUAGUUCUGCUGCCUCUGUUAUGGCUCUUUGA